AUGAAGCGCGCCUGGUGUGUUUGCAGCUUCUUGAGUUUGUGGCUUGUUUUGGGCCGAUCUGAGGAUUUCAUGGUGGGAGACAGUUUGUUUUCUUACGUACAAAGCGAAGCUGCCGAUGCAGCGCCUGCUUCUCCUCCCGAACCUCUCAUGGUCCCUCUCACUCUUAUUCAAGGAGCUGAUUCUAAAGGAGCUGUGUGUUUGGACGGGACGCUGCCUGGAUAUCAUUGGCAUCGGGGGUCUGGAUUAGGAGCAAACAGUUGGCUCAUUCAAUUGGAUGGAGGUGGAUGGUGUAAUAACAUUAGAACUUGCGUCUAUCGGAAAAAUUCUCGUCGCGGUUCGUCGAAAUUUAUGGAGAAGGAACUGGCAUUUACGGGAAUAUUGAGCAACAAAUCUGAAGAAAAUCCUGAUUUCUUCAACUGGAACAGAGUUAAGGUGCGGUACUGUGAUGGAGCUUCUUUUAGUGGGGAUAGUCGAAAUGAUGCUGCACAACUUAAUUUUCGGGGACAACGUAUCUGGUUAGCUGCUAUGGAACAUUUAAUGGCCAAGGGAAUGCAAAAUGCUACACAGGCUCUUCUUUCUGGAUGCUCUGCUGGGGGUCUGGCAUCCAUUCUUCAUUGUGAUGAGUUUCGGGGCUUAUUUCCAAACAAAUCUAAAGUGAAAUGCCUAAGUGAUGGUGGAAUGUUCCUUGAUGCAGUUGAUGUAUCUGGUGGGCGCAGCCUAAGGAAUAUGUAUGCCGGCGUAGUUACCUUACAGGAAGUACAAAAAAAUCUGCCAAGAACUUGUACCAGAAGGCUGGAUCCAACUUUGUGCUUCUUCCCUCAAAAUUUGAUCGCCAACAUCAAGACCCCUUUGUUUCUUGUCAAUUCCGCAUACGAUGUGUGGCAGGUUCAAAGUAGUUUAGCUCCACAAUCAGCUGAUCCUCAUGGUUCCUGGACUGAAUGCAGAAAGAAUCACGCACUUUGUAAUUCAUCACAGAUCCAGUUCCUCCAAGACUUCAGAAAUCAAAUGCUCGAUGCUGUAAAGAUUUUCUCCGAGUCAAAACAAAAUGGUUUAUUCAUAAACUCCUGUUUUGCUCAUUGCCACUCUGAGAGACAGGAUACUUGGUUUGCUAAGGAUUCUCCUCUUCUUCAGAAUAAGAGUGUUGCAAAAUCUGUUGGAGACUGGUAUUUUGAUCGAGAAGUUGUUAAGGCUAUUGACUGUCCCUAUCCCUGUGACAAAACCUGCCACAAUCUAGUGUCCAAAUGAGAGAGAAUUUAUUCAU